AUGCUGAUCCGCAACAUCCUGGCCCGCGUGCCACCGUCAUCGGCGACGAGGUUCAAGGUCGUCUGCAAGAACUGGCACUCCAUGAUCGCCGACGACUCCUACGCGCGGAACCACCUCGCCGUCGCCGCUCCCGUCCGCAGCGUCCUCCUCUACGACGGGGACGCGCCGUGCCCCGUCACGGUGGUCGACGAGGCCGGGGCGGCGCGGCUGGCGGCGCUGCGCCCGCGCCUCGGGAAGCCCAGGCACGGGUUCACCGUGCAGAACUGCUGCGGCGCCCUGGCAUGCCUCCGCAGCGGCCAGCGCGACGCCGAGCUUCUCAACCCGGCCACCGGCGAGAGCCUUGGCCUCGGCCACUUCUUCCGGCGCGGCCCGCCCACCACGUGGACGCACGCCGCCGACCACCUCCCCUGGUACUGCCUCGGCCGCUGCGCCGCCGGCAUCGGCGAGUACAAGAUCGUGCGCCUCGACGUCCGGCUGCCGAGUUCCAGGCGGCCGGAGGUGACGUGCGAGGUGCUCCCCCUGGGUCGGGAGAGUUGGGACUCGACGGGGUGCUUCGCUCCGGAGUGGAAGAAGGUGGCCUCUGGCAAGUGA